CGUGGUCCUUCUGUCACUUUCACGGCGAAAACUCAACGGAAAUUGCUAAUGUGUGUAGGCGAGUGGAUGACAUGGAUGGCUUGGGUGGUUACGUGGAAGAUGGAAGCCCACGUGGCUAGGUGAAAUGGACAAGGUCCUUUCUGUCCUCGUCCACAACACAAAAACACCAUCGUUUUGAGGUUUCCAGGCGUCUUUAUUAGACGAGUCUGGUCGUCUAUCUCCCCUGUUUCGUGUAUGGAACCGAUACCACCAUGAGCAAUAGCAGAGAUCGUGGGAGUGGAAGAGAUGUGUCGAACGAUGAGGGUAGGAGUAUUUCUGUGAGUUCCGUUGGCAGUGCUGGAGCGAGGAAGAAGAAAAGAUUCGUUGCCCCGAAAUGUAAUUAUGGGAUUCAUGCAAUUCUAUUCAUGUCGUCAACACAGUCGAACCCUAAUAUGCUAUUCUUUGGAUGCCCAAAUUUCAAGACUGCAGAAUCUCAUUGCAAAUAUUUUCUAUGGCUGGAUAAAUAUGUUUCACUAUUUGAAGAGGAGCAAAUAAAGGAUGACAAUCUUUAUGGUCGGAAUCCAAAGCAAAAUCAUUUGUUGGAUGCAGUCGUUUCAAUGGAGGAGAAAGUGACUAAGCUAGAGGACAGAGUUUCUGGGUUAGAGUUGCAGAUGAAAAAUUCUAGGCACGUUAAGUGUAAUAGGGGUUUUAGUUAUUCAUUGAUGGCUGUUGUGUUUGUAUUUGGAGUUGUAUUUGCAAAUUAUCUCCGUUAA